AUGAAGAGUGAAACGCUUUUGCACUCUCAUCAUAACAACGCCGACGAACCGGCUACCAAGCUCCAUUGGCCAGAUGACUCGCGCCAGAGUGAGCCUGGUAUACUCAAUGCGGUGCAUGAGGUUGCACAGCGCAAGCCACAGGUGGACGGCUGGCACGCCCCAGAGAUGAUCUGGCUCCAUCAGGUUGAAGAGACAUCCGCGGCAAAACUCAGAAGGGGGUUAGAGGUUGGCGACCCUGAACGAUGCAGUCGCAUCUUGAACAUCCAUGUAUAUUGGAAACUUCAGCCGAUCACGAAUCUGAGCGAGAAAGAGUUUAAGCGCGCGUGGUGGCUAGUCGUAAUCUGCCAUCGUAUCCUCUGGGUAAGCGACGUCCGUCAUUAUGACGUCAGCCUCAGCAAUCACAUGGCCUACCGGACCCCAGACGGUCUAGUGAUGGGUAUCAUCAACGACUGCGACUUGUCGUCGUCUCAAAAUGGGACUAGCGGUCAAGAGCGCACAGCAAUGGUACCAUUCAUGGCGGUUGACCUUGUCACGAAGGAAGCCAUCGAGGGCAAUGUGGAGCCCUUGUACCAGCACGUCGCUGAAUCGUUCAUAUGGGUCUUCAUAUGGGUCAUCCUUCAGUAUGAGGAUGGAAAGCUCCUGAGCAAGAACAGACCACUCGAUUACAUGCUCACAAUUGAUGCGGUUGACUGCCAGGAGUUCAAAUGCGGCUUCUUAAAGUUGGCAAUGGAGAACAGAAUACCAGUCUCUCCGCCGCACUCUCCUUUCUGGAGUUCCGAGCCGUCUUUCGAGUUGGCUUACCUUACUAAAAUCGCUCCCUACAUGGAGGGAUCCUGUCUGUUUCGGACGUGGUUCACGGCGCAGCUACCAUCGCUAAUGCGCUCUCUUGUCCAAUCGUUAGCUCGCACGAAAUAA